AUGGAAACAACCGCUGCACUUGCGCCGGCGCUCGCGGAAGCAACACGCACGUCAGGUAAGGGCAUUGCAGAGACGUGCAGCGAUGCGAUCCAGCGCAUGGAUCAUGGACAGGACGCCGUCAUGCAGGCACGCAUGCCCGAGCUUUAUGCACUGGCGGAGCAAGUGACUUCUUCUCGUGCAAGCCUUGCCAAGAUUCGGACCGACAUCGAACGGUUUCACACACAGUUACAUACAGCGUCUGAGCAUAUCGGGAAACUGCAGGACCGCUCCAAUACUCUGAAUGAACAUUUGUCGGAACAGGAGACAAACGCAUCCACACUGACAAAAUGGAUCGAAGGCGCUGUGAUUGCUCCGUCGACCGUGCGCCUCUUGCGCGAUACAAAUGUUGACGACAACUUUCACGGCUGGGUCAAGGCGGUCCAUAUGAUUGAACAUACGCUGCGAACGCUCAAUGAAUACGAAGCGACACAGGAUAGCACGGCUACGCCCGGUUCCGCUCGCGCACAGGCGCGCGAUGUGGCAGAACAGUGCAAAAACUUGGCGAUUGGGAAAAUCUACCCGUACUUGGUUCGUCUGUUCGAGCCGAUUCGCACUUCCGUCACGACAACGCUGCCGAUCCUCCAGUCAUCUGUUCUGUUGCCCCACAAUCAACCGCUGUAUCAGUUUCUCGCUAUGCACGCGCCACGUGUUGCGAUUGAAGUGCAACUCGCAUACAUCAAUGCAGCUCGUUUGUACUAUGAGACAGCCUUCCGCCGCUAUGUGCGUGAGUUGCGUCGUAUCUUGCAGCGGUGGAUUGAGCCAGCGUCGCUCGUCGCUUCUGCACACAAGCAUCCCGACGCGCAGUACGCAGCAGAAAGGCAGCAGUAUGCGCGUCCACUCACAGACGUAGCUGCAGUGCUUGCAUGCCAAAGUGAGGAUGUCAAUUUCAGAGCAAGUCCCGAGCACCUGUUCCACACACUGGCGCUUGUGUUUCUUGAUACGGCCUGCACAGAAUACGCAUUUCUUGCACGCUUCUUUGCCGGCACAGAAAUGCGCCAUGACGUGUAUGACGCAUCGGGUGUACCGACGUACAAUUUACUGAGCCUUUCUCCUGAGGAAGAACGUCUGCAUGAGUCAAUAGUGACCCGUGAGUCGUGGCUUCAAGUGAUGGAACCUGCUAUAUCCUACUUUUCCGAAUUCCAUGAUGCAGUGCUCAUGAUGCCCAGUGCACCUGUACUUCAACACUUGACUAUUUCAAACCUCACACAGUCGCUUCUCCGUGUGGCACAGUCUCGGCGGUGUCUCAUUCCAGAGCUGGAGUCAGUCUUGAUGCGCCAUGUGCUAGAGACAUGGCCGCUUGUUGCCAAGGGACUCGAUGCAGAAGUCGAUGCGCUCAAAGCCGUUGCUGUUGGCGCGCGACUUAGCGCAGCGCCGCGGUCGUCCGGCGCUGCUGGUUUCUUCGACCGCUGGAGUACUCUUGCUAUGACGACAGACUUGUCUCGUAUCAAUGCAAGUGAUGCUUUGCAUAAGUGGUCGCCGUAA